AUCCCAAUCACAUUACCAGAGGUGGGAGAUGGCCACCGUCUUAGUGAAUGUCCAAAUUCCACGUCAUCGCUUAAUCUCCUGUCUGAUUUUUCGAUGUUAGUAAUUUAAAAGUGUGGGCACCCCACUGCAAUGGGGAAGAGGUUAAAUUAAAAAAUCCAGUCAUGGACGCAGUCAUAAGCAUUUGGCGCCCUCUUUUCAAUCAGAGACGUUCAUUACAUCCUCACCUCACUUCACUGCGGCUGCUCUCAAAAACGCGAUGUAGCAGAAGACGCGGAGUGGCCUUUGCUCGCAGCGGAAACGUUCUUGAAGAAGAUCAAUCACAGUUAAAACAAAUCGACGGAGUACCUGCACGCCCCAAAGAUUUUCCGGGAAGGCCUGAGGCAGAUGUGGUAGUUAUUGGCAGUGGAAUUGGGGGACUUAGUGCUGCUAGCCUUCUAGCUAGAUAUGGCCAAGAUGUUCUGGUUUUAGAAAGUCAUGAUCUACCUGGAGGAGCAGCCCAUUCAUUCCAAGUAAAAGGCUAUAAGUUUGACUCAGGGCCAUCCCUGUUUUCUGGUCUUUCAUCAAGAGGCCCUCAAGCCAAUCCUCUUGCUCAGGUACUGGAUGCCUUGGGUGAGUCCAUUCCCUGUGUUCCUUAUGACUCUUGGAUGGUUUAUCUCCCAGAAGGUGACUUUUUGUCUCGAAUUGGACCAACAGAAUUUUUCAAGGAUCUUGAGAAGUAUGCAGGUCCAAAUGCAGUGCAAGAAUGGAAAAGAUUACUUGAUGCAGUGCUUCCCCUCUCUACUGCAGCAAUGGCCCUUCCACCUGCAGCUAUCCGAGGAGAUUUGGGUGUUCUCUUGACUGCAGUGGCACGAUAUGCACCUUCCCUCAUUGAUUCUUUUAUAAAGAUGGGGCCUCAACGAGCACUUGGUGCUACCAAACUGCUUCGGCCUUUCUCAGAGAUCAUUGACUCAUUGAACUUGAAGGAUCCAUUUAUACGUAACUGGCUGGAUCUCCUUUGUUUUUUGCUUUCAGGAUUGAAAGCUGACGGCACACUUGCUGCAGAAAUUGUGUAUAUGUUUGCAGAAUGGUACAAACCAGGUUGUGUUCUUGAAUAUCCUCUUCAUGGUUCUGGAGCAAUAGUUGAUGCUCUUGUUCGAGGAAUGAAAAAAUUUGGAGGAAGGCUUUCCCUGGGGUCUCAUGUUGAUGAAAUAGUUGUUGAAGGUGGGCAGGCAGUUGGUGUCAGGCUGACAAGUGGACUUUUUAUACGUGCAAAGAAGGCAGUAGUCAGCAAUGCAUCAAUGUGGGACACUUUGAAGCUGCUGCCCACAGCAGAACUUCCAAAAUCAUAUCAGGAAAAAGUACAGAAAACAUCUCAAUGUGAAUCCUUUAUGCAUCUCCACCUUGGUUUUGAUGCAAAGGACGUUCCAGAAGAUUUAGACCUACAUCAUAUUGUUGUAAAUGAUUGGAAGGCAGGUGUGGAUGCAGAGCAAAAUGUUGUUCUAAUUUCUAUACCAAGUGUAGUAAGUCCAAACUUGGCACCUAAAGGGAAGCAUGUUUUACAUGCGUACACCCCUGGAACAGAACCAUAUGAUCUCUGGGCAGGACUGGAUCGUAGGAGUGCCGAAUACAAGCAGCUCAAGGCUCAGCGUUCUGAGGUGAUGUGGAAAGCUGUUGAACGUGCAUUAGGACCUGGGUUUUCCCGAGAUAAAUGUGAGGUCAAGUUGGUUGGCACACCAUUGACACACCAGCGUUUUCUUCGUAGGAAUAGGGGUACUUACGGGCCUGCUAUUCGUGCAGGUCAAGAAUUAUUCCCUGGGCAAGGGACACCUAUUCCACAGCUUUACUGUUGUGGUGAUUCAACAUUUCCAGGCAUUGGGGUUCCUGCAGUAGCAGCAAGUGGUACCAUUGUUGCUAAUUCUUUGGUUUCUGUUGAAGAGCACACACGGCUUCUAGAUGCCAUUGGAAUCUGAUGAAAGGGUCUGUCAUUUUGUAGUUAAAACAUUCCUAGUUAUUUUGUUCACUAUUAUAGUCAUUCUGAAAUCUGUUCUUUUCACCCUUUUAAAUUUAUUGUACAGAAAAAUAAUUAUAUAUAUGUAACACAAACUUUUUUAGUUGUAGUUGAAAGCAUUCCUAAUUAUUUUGUUCACUAUUA